CAAACAUGCUUGCUUCAAUUCUUCUCCUGCUCUUGCCAAGCCUCACUCAAGCACAGCCACUUGACCUUCCUCAAGUGACCUACGUUCCUACAGACAACCUACAAGCGCGAGAUGUCAUCGACCGUUGGGUGUCAGCCUCCCUAACGAUGCAAAGCAACGCCAUCUGUCCACAGGGAUACACACGGUUCAGUACUGCCGAAUUCGAUUUUCUUGCAGUUCAGACGAGUGAUCUCAACGUUCAAUUCAAGGUCUACAAUCGAUUGAAUGCCAUGCGGAUCGUCGCUCUCGAUGCCGUCGUCGGCCCAAUGGCUUACUUCAGCUUCACCAUUCGUGGCUACGGACCUGCUCAAUCACCAGGCUGGACGGAUAAACAGGCUAGGUACUGCUGUCGACCUUAUGCUCGGCUCAAAUUCUCCGUGAACAUGCAAACAUCGGUCCUGUUUUUCAACGAGAACGAUGUGACGGUACAUGUGGAAUGCAAGUUCGAUCCGGAUCCGAGCAGCUUCUGUCACACUCACCAUCUGGAACCUCGCUACGAAUGUUACCAGCAAUGGCAGCAGAUCAGCGUCAAGACUGCACAGAUUGCAGACAAACCUGCCAUUCUCGUCUACCCGAUCGCAGCCAGAGCAGUAGCAGACUGUCCCAUCGAUGGCCCCUCCUUCACAGAACAGGCUUUCUUCAAGCUCGCCGUCAUCAAGCACGGCAAGUUUGAGGGUUUCAUUUCAUACGACCGGGCGUUCGUGGGCGACAUGGCAAAAGUGGGACUCGUCGCACGCGACGGCAUCAUCGAGAUGGGCAUCACUUUCGCUGUUGAUGGCAUAGGCGAACGACAGAGCUGGCCAGAUCGAACAAGACAAGCAUGCUGCCGACCGGCUUUCCGCUCGCAGAUCUGGCUCGGACUGAAUGCUCCCAUGUUUCGCUACAGCCUCACGGCCGAAAGCAGCCGCUUUGACAAUAUUUGCUACCCCGGUCAAUUGGCAGUGGCACCCGAGGGAUGCACGCAGACGGAAUUUGUCGGCCGUGCACCUAUCUGUAGCAAUCUUCAACCCUACGUCACGCUCGCAUCGGGUGAGGAACCGGUCGAUCCUGCUCUAUUGAUGCCUUCGCGCUAGAUUCAUUGCACACGCAAGGAUUGCUCUAC